UUGUGAGCACACUCCCUUAGUUAACUGUGCGUCACACUUGCGUAUCCCGUCCUUGCUCGUCACUCCUCUACGAUGGCUACGUGUAGCGUCACUGCGCUUCCAUACGUGUGGUGUGAUGUCACAGCAUCGCGAGAUGGUACUUUGUGACGUCUGGAUUAGCUGUCCGGCAGGAGUCAAGGAGCUAGACGUUAACGGAGCUGCGGGGCUUUUAAACAGCGAUCCGUUUCUGAUUUAGAGAAGCUUGGUUUGAAUGAAGCCACUGGGGUAAGUGCUCGUGUAAUCAUGAGCCGAAGCAAGCGUGACAGCAAUUUCUCUGUCUUUGAGAUAGGAGAUUCCACUUUCACUGUUCUCAAGAGAUACCAAAAUCUGAAGCCUAUUGGAUCUGGAGCCCAGGGAAUAGUAUGUGCUGCCUUUGAUGCAGUUCUGGAGAGACACGUUGCCAUCAAAAAACUAAGCCGGCCAUUCCAGAAUCAAACCCAUGCCAAGAGAGCUUAUCGGGAACUUGUGCUUAUGAAAUGUGUCAAUCACAAGAAUAUAAUUGGACUCCUAAAUGUCUUUACUCCUCAGAAGUCUUUAGAAGAGUUUCAGGACCUGUACAUUGUUAUGGAGCUUAUGGAUGCCAACCUGUGCCAAGUGAUACAGAUGGAAUUGGACCAUGAGCGCAUGUCCUACCUGCUGUACCAGAUGUUAUGUGGCAUCAAACACCUACAUUCUGCUGGGAUCAUCCACAGGGAUUUAAAGCCAAGUAACAUUGUAGUUAAAUCUGACUGCACUCUCAAGAUUCUUGAUUUUGGACUUGCACGGACAGCAGGGACCAGUUUUAUGAUGACACCUUACGUUGUUACUCGUUACUAUAGAGCUCCAGAAGUCAUCUUGGGAAUGGGAUAUAAGGAAAACGUUGACAUUUGGUCUGUGGGUUGCAUCUUGGGAGAGAUGAUCAAAGGUGGUGUGUUAUUCCCCGGCACAGACCAUAUCGACCAGUGGAAUAAAGUAAUUGAACAGUUGGGCACGCCAUGUACAGAAUUCAUGAAAAAAUUACAGCCAACAGUGAGGACAUAUGUAGAAAAUAGACCCAAAUACGCAGGUUACAGCUUUGAGAAACUCUUCCCUGAUGUUUUAUUCCCAGCAGACUCUGAGCACAAUAAGUUAAAAGCUAGCCAAGCCAGAGAUCUGCUGUCGAAAAUGCUAGUAAUAGAUGCAUCCAAGAGAAUCUCUGUAGAUGACGCUUUGCAGCAUCCUUAUAUCAAUGUUUGGUACGACCCCCUGGAAGCCGAAGCACCACCACCAAAGAUUCCAGACAAACAAUUGGAUGAGCGAGAACACACUAUAGAAGAAUGGAAAGAGCUCAUAUACAAGGAAGUUUUGGACUGGGAAGAGAGAGCUAAGAAUGGAGUAAUCCGUGGUCAGCCAGCCCCUUUAGGUGCAGCAGUAACUGAUGGUUCCCAGGCUCAUACCUCCUCAUCAUCAGGCGACGCUUCCUCCAUGUCAACAGAUCCAACUCUGCCCUCAGACACAGACAGCAGCCUUGAAACCUCUGCAGGAACCCUGGGUUGCUGUCGAUGACUUAUUGGCAGAGGGGUGGGAGGGAGGGAUAUAGGCCGCAGGGAGGAGGUUGUGGGGACCUCUAGGGUAGCACAGUUUGACUGGGGAAAAUGCCACUUGUAUUAUUAUCUAUUGAUUAUCAUUAACCCCUUAGUUGCCAGAUACUUGUGAUUGCAUUGCAGUCAAAGGUCUGAAAGAUGGAUUAGAUUCCAGUUUCAAUUUAAGUACUGGGAGGAGCCACAACUACUCCUUACUCUUCACCAGAUUUAAAUUGGUUAAGAGGUGUGGUUGCAUUUUUAAUUUUAGUGCUGUAAUUUGAACACUUAAGUGCUGGAGGGUUUAAAGAAAAGCUGCCAUAAAUAUGUAUUGUAUUUUUAUUUCUGUUUUGUGCGGGGGGAGGUGGGCUUAAUGCUCCAACUUUUUGAGAAAAGGUCACUUUGGUCCUGAUUGUCUUGAAUUUUUUUUUUUAUUUUUUUUUUCCGUUUCCAUGCUGGUGCUGCUCAGUUUUUAUGUUUUAUCUUCUAGAAUUAUACAGAUUGUUCCAUAUUUUUAUUAAUUUAAUUUUUCGUAAUGGGAGUUAUUUUCACACAUAAUGUGCCAGUAAUCCUAAAGCAGGCAGAGCUUUCUGUUUACUUCUGAUCAUGUAAUCAAGCUGUGGCAACUUAGUUGUUGGUGCAUCCACUCUUGCAAUAUCUUGGCUGUCAUAUUGAUUUGGAUUAUCUGACAGAAUUCUGUCUUUUGAGUGGAAACAGCCUUUUACAUAUCCCCACCAACACUUUGCACUGUAAUGUGCAACGGCCACCUUUGAAAACAAAGGGGUAUGCAGAUAAAAAGGUAUAAAAAAAACAAUUAAAAAGGCAUAUUUUUUUAUAUUUCAUGCUUUAAUUUGCAUCCUAAUAUUGAAUAAUAAUUUACAUUCAAUUUAUCACUUUGGUGGUUAUUAUAAAGGUGAAUGUGAAAUAUUACAAACAGACACCGGCAGCAGUCUUAAGCGAGCCCUCCCCUGACAGCAAAUGCAUUUUAUAUUUAUUCAAGAUGGGUAAAACAAAAAAGACUUUGUUACUCAGAAUAGAUGCUAUUCUUAUUACAUUUUGAUAAUUUUGUUCAUCCGUGAGAAUGAAUACACCAGAGUAGCCUCCCUUGUUCUGCCUGUGCAGUGGAUACAGUUGUUCCAUAAUUCCACAGUUUAGUCUUUUUACCCUGCGUGGGAGAGCAAUCUUCACCUUGUUAGAGUCCUUUUCUCAGUCUAGAUGUAUUGUAUCACUGCUUGUUAAUUCCUCUUCUGUUUACGAUAGCCGAACAGAUCAAUCAAUUAAUUAAAUGUGUUCUGCCCUCGCUUGCAGGACAGUAGCAGGAAUCAACGGGUGGAACAGCACGAACAUAUAAAUGAUUGCUGACGCGUAAUAAAUGAUCGAUGUUGGGAAAAAAAA